AUGGGUAAAGAUCACACCAAGAAGCAGCACGUCAGAGUGUCUCACAGAACCGCUCCAAAGUCCGACAACGUCUACUUGAACUUGUUGGUCAAGUUGUACACCUACUUGGCUCGUCGUACUGAUGCCCCAUUCAACAAGGUCGUUUUGAAGUCUUUGUUCUUGUCUAAGGUCAACAGACCUCCUGUGUCUCUUACCAAGAUCAACUCUGUUGUGUCCCAAAAGGGUGCCGCUGAGAAGACUGUUGUUGUCGUUGGCACUGUCACCGAUGACCUCAGAUUGUUGGAGGUUCCAAAGGUCACCGUUGCCGCUUUGAGAUUCACCGCCGGUGCCAAGGCUAGAAUCGUCAAGGCUGGUGGUGAGGCCAUCACUUUGGACCAAUUGGCUUUGAGAGCUCCAAAGGGCCAAAACACUGUCCUUGUCAGAGGCCCAAGAAACGCCAGACAAGCCGUCAGACACUUCGGCUUCGGUCCUCACAAGGGUAAGGCUCCUAAGGUCAUCUCCAAGGGCAGAAAGUUCGAGAGAGCCAGAGGUAAGAGAAACUCCAGAGGUUUCAAGAUGCCAGGUGUUACCGUCAAAGACGUUCCAGCUCAAGACUUUAUCAACGCUUACGCUCAGUUCUUGCAACGUCAAGGUAAGUUGGAGGUUCCAGGUUACGUUGAGCUUGUCAAGACCUCUGCCGGUAACGAGUUGCCUCCACAAGAAUCCGAGACUUGGUUCUACAAGAGAGCUGCUUCUGCUGCCAGACACGUCUACAUGAGAAAGAAUGUUGGUGUCGGUAAGUUGAACAAGUUGUACGGUGGUGCCAUCAACAGAGGUUUCAGACCACAAAAGCACGCCGACGCUUCCGGCUCUGUCAACAGAAGAGUUGUCCAGGCUUUGGAGAAGAUUGGUGUCCUUGAGAUCUCUCCAAAGGGCGGUAGAAGAAUCUCCGAGAACGGCCAAAGAGACUUGGACCGUAUCGCUGCUCAGACCUUGGAGGAGGAUGACGAGUAA